GGAAAAAAUCGCAAGGAAAAGAUCGGCGCGCGCGGGAUGCCACCCUAGCCAUCCUAGAGCAAAGCGUUUUCUUUUUUUCCCAUUUGUUUGCGUUCCUCACAAAGCAAGCCCUGGGGUAAGGUCCAGAGGAAAAGCGGCGGUGCGAAUCAAGGAGUAGUAGCCAGCGGGAGUAGCGUUUUGAAGAGGACAAAGAACAGGAGCCAGUCACGCCAGGACGCGCCCCUGACUGCUGCAGGAAAAUUCACAACAAACGGCACACACAGUCACAACGUCAUACACAGCACCGCACAGCCCCGUAGGAAAAAUCCGGUUGCAUCAACGAACGCUGCUGCACCACCGUUUGCGGCCAGUCGCCGUGGUCGUCGUCGUCGUCAAACGGUCUGGUGACAUAUUCCGCCAACGCUCUCGACGACGUCCGUUCCGCCAUCCAACUGUGCCCAAUCGAUCGAACGACGACAACGGCAAUCGCGGAAACCGCAAGGACCACGGGUGAAGAGUAUGUGCACUUCGUCGGUGUACCGCGGAACGCAUAAACAAAUCGGUAAUAGCAGCAGCCGGCCUAGCAGAGACGGUUGCUACGGUACGGUGUUACGAAGGAACGGUUGAAUAUGCUGUAAGAAGGAGGCGGUUGGUUAAAAAUAAUGAAAACGAAGGACCACUCGGUAGCCUCAUCAUCAUCAUCGUCGUCGCAAGGUGCACCAGUAGACACGCAGCUCAGGGCCGUAGCUAAGCAGUUCUUGUGCUGCACUCCGGUACGAACGAUCCAGUGGAAUGAAUUGUUAGAGGGUCUAACCUGGGAAGCCCAGGAGCGGUUGCUGGACGCAACGGUUGAUCAUCCGCUGGUGCUACGGUACCCGCUAAGCAUCGAGUAUCAGGUAGCGUUUCUGAAGCGGCUCUUGACCGAUCUGGCCGCGAUGAACGUGGAACCGCACGAUCGCAUGUACGAGCGGUACUGUGCAAUGAUGCAGGCUCCACCUCCUACCGAUCUGCCCCUGGACGAUCCGUCGAUCGGGCUUAGCUACAAGCACUACGAGCUGCCGCAAGGGCAAGGCGUCAUUUCGCUCAAGGAAUCGGGAGCAUUCGUGUCCGAUGGUACGACCGGCCUCUGCAGCUGGCAAGCGGCGAAGGCACUGUGCGAGCACAUCAGCAACAAUCGGGAUGACUUUCAGGGACGGAACAUUCUGGAGCUCGGUUCGGGCGUCGGGCUGGCCGGGAUCUAUCUCGCCAAGUGUUUCGAACCUUCGAUCAUCGUAAUGUCCGAUUGUCACAGUUCGGUGCUGGGAGCGUUGCGUGACAAUGUUCAGCUCAACUUUCCGAAUGCGGCCACGGUGGAUUGUGAUAAUCCGCUCGUGAGUCUGCUACUGGACAGCGGCAACACGCUGAUCGGUGUGAUGGAGCUCGACUGGCAGUGUGUCAGUGCCUCGAACCUGUCGCAGCUAAUCGAACCGGACGUGAUCGUGGCGGCGGACAUCGUCUACGAUCAUACGCUGUUCCCGGCCCUUCUCACGACCCUCAACUAUAUCUUCUGCCUAUCGAACAAUCGGUGCAAGUUCGUGCUGGCCUGCACCGAGCGCAAUCAGGAUACGCUAAGCGAGUUUCUGCAGCUGCUGAUCACGGCAAAGUUUCGCAUCAACGAGGAGUCGAUUUCCCCAUCGCGUCACUUUCAUUGGGACAGCAGUGCAUCUAAUAUUCGCAUUUUCACGAUAUCACGCAGUUGAACAAGCGGCCAGAUGCGAGCUUAGUUCGUUUGAACGUGUAUACCCGUACUUCCAGUUACGCUUACUUUACGAUCCAAUUGGCUCUUCUUGAUCUAUGUGACCCAACUACACCUUUUCAAUCAAAAACCCUUUUGGUAAAUAUCAAUCUGCAUCAUCAAUCUUUCUCCCUUUAUCCUACUCUUCUAUCAAGAAUGAAGACAGUCGAAACGGAACAUCAGUACGAAACGGUAUCUGCCUUAUAUCAAUUUUCUUCCUCUUUCUCCAUUGUAGUAAUACUAGUAAUCCUUAGAACAUGUACGAAACCAAAAAACGUAUCUUUCUCUUCUCUAUCUCUCUCGUACUAUACGGCUUGCUCGUAACAAAGCUCCUCUUUUUACUAUCAAAACGAAACUACAAAACCACACCAGCAACAGAAAGAGAUAUCUCUCCGACCAAUACGCAAUGACCAAAUGGAGUGGCCCAGCCAGAACCCCAUCGCAGGUGACCUAAGAAAGACAUAUGAUUGAAUAAUGCCGGAACAGUAGCAGUGAUUCCCUAGGGUAGUAUAUACAUACCACAGCUGAGCGAUCGUUCGUCGAGGAUAGAAAAAAAAACCUCCGAAAGAAAAACGAAACACAACCAAAAAAAAAAAAAGACAAACGGAAAGUACACACCGAAACUACCGGAAAGCGGAACAACUUUUUUUGCGUCCUUACAUACGUUGUUUAGUCGAUAGCAGCAGACCGUGUGCUUUGUAUGAGCGAAUAAAAAAAGUAAAAUAUUUAUAUAUUACUAGCUUUUCACCCACCCUACGUGUGUGUGUGUGUGUGUUGCUACUUGUGAUAGAGGAACGAUACCUGUAUUAAAUUUGCUAUUUGAAUAAGAAGUUUUCGUUUCUUUGCGAUGACCUGGUGUUGUUCUUGCCGGUAAUAUGGUAUCCUUCUGUCGCAGAAAGAAUCCUUUCGCCGCUCGCAAUCG